UCGCAUCUUUUAUUAUACAUACAAAAUAUAUAGUGUAGUAUUCACAUAAUAAAUUUCUAAUAGAUUAAAUUACACUAAGAAUGUACUUGCUUUGAUUGUGUAGUUACACAGUCUUUAGUUCCCUCUCAUUUUCCUAGAGGUAAUUUUAGUCUCACCUUAUAGUCUUAAUCUUAGUGCAUGCACUACUUUAGCCAAUGCAAUAGUCUGUAAUUCUUUGAGUAUAGAACUUCUAAUACAAUAUAUAUUUAUUACAACUUAGAAUUGUAAUAUGGAUCUAGCAAAAGAGUUAAUAUUAAAUCUUAAGCAAAAGAAUGUAUCACAUGUGGGAUAUGGUUUACAAAAGGAAUGUGAAGCACUUGUUGGACAUAUUUUGCAAAAUAUGGUGAAGUCGCAAUUACCAUCGUUAAAUGUUGACAGAAAAAAUAAAAAGGAUUCAGUUAAAUAUAGAGAAGAAGGGAAUCAACAUUUUGUUAUGGGCGAUGAUAUUGAAGCUAUAGAAAGUUAUACUAAAAGUCUUGCAUAUGCUAAUGAUAAAGAAUUAAUGGCAUAUGCAUAUGCAAAUAGAUCUGCAGCUUUGUUUAGAAAAGAAAUGUAUAAAGAAUGUUUGAUAGAUAUCGAUGCCGCUUUAUUAUGUGGCUAUCCGGAAAAUAAAAGAAAAAAACUUAAGGAGAGAGGAGAUAGGGCAAUCGAUGAACUUAAGAAAACUUUACAAAUAACUGUGGAUAAAGAUAGUAACGUUGAAGAAAUUAUAAAUCAAAUUUGUUUGAUUCAAAAUGCAAAAGAAGACAUUACGAAAACAGAGACUAAUGAUAUUAAGCAUGUUAACGAUAAAAAAAAUGGAAAAGAUUUAUUGCUUGAUAAUCAAAAUCGUGAAAAACGAUUUUUUAAUGUUAGCCAUUUACCGAUUGAAUGUAUAACAAAAAAACCAAGAUAUUUAGAGAAAGAAGGUCCUUUAUUGCUCACUCAUGGUCAAAAUAAGGAAUGUCCUGCUGCUAGUAAUGGUAUCGAAAUUGUAUUUUCUGAAGAAUUUGGACGUCACUUUAGAGCUACCAAAAAGUUUGGUCCAGGUGAUAUAAUUACAAUUGAAAAGCCAUAUGCACACGUUAUCUACGAAGAAAGGUUUUAUACGCAUUGUCAUCAAUGUCUCUCAAGAUGUUAUAAUUUAAUACCAUGUCCAAAUUGUCCAAUAGCACAAUAUUGUUCAGAAGAAUGUAAGAAGACAGCUUGGGACAUGGCUCAUAUGACAGAAUGUCCAAUUUUGGCGUUAUUACAAAGUUUAUUGAACGUUGAUAAAGAUAAGAUUAAAAUGAUUAUUAAAAUUGUUAGACUGCUAAUCGUAGUAACAGAAAAUGGCUCUAAGAUAAAAGAAUUACAAGAGGAUAUGAAAAUUGCUGAAUCCAAUCCUGAUAGCAGAACAGCAGGUUUUACAGAUGAAGGUGUAUUAUCUAGUUUCAGUGCUCGAUCUGCUCUAAGUCUUGCAACGAAUAUGACAACGAGACCAUUGAUUGGUAUCAGUGCAUUUGCAUGUAUUUCAGCUCUCACUUCUAUUCUUCUAGCUAUACGGACUAAUUUUUUUGGCAAAAAAUAUGAAAUUGAUUAUUUGGAAGAUAUUAGUGAAUUAUCCGAUUUAAAAUUUUGUGGUAGUAUUAUGUUUCGAGCUUGCGUUAUUAUGUCUUCAAAUUGUUUUUCAGUACAACAAGAGCCAGGAAUUAAAUCUGGAUCAGGUUUAUACGUGACACAUAGUUUGUACAAUCAUUCUUGUAAUCCAAAUACAUUAAGACAUUUUGAAGAGCUGACUAUGAUUACUCGUGCGUUACAGCCGAUUUUACCAGGAGAUCAAGUUUUCACUAGUUAUGGUCCUGCAUAUGCAUAUAUGUCACGUGCAGAAAGGAAAGAAAAAAUAAUGCAAGAUUAUUUUUUUGAUUGCCAAUGUUCUGCAUGUAUAUUCAAUUGGCCCACUUAUAAUGAAAUACUUAGUAAUCACGUGGGUUCAAUUACAAAAAAAAAACAACUCGUGGAAAAAUUAAAACCCUUUAAACAAAGACUUCUUAAGAACAUGUAUGAUAUUGAUGCAGUAAAAAAUGUUCUUAAUAUUUUAUAUAAUGAAGUAUCUCAACCAUGCGAAGAGAUAAUUCAUGCAGAACAGUAUCUCAGAAGCUACUAUUUAGGUAAAUUUAAAUGAUUUAAAUUGCUUUAAAGAAAAUAAUCAUUGCUUGGCUUGUUUGUAUUUAAUGGCUUAUUUAUGUGCUUUGUAAAAACUGCUUUAAUUUUUGUUUAUUACUUGCACAGCUACUUAUAUACUGGCUUUAAUAAAGUUGCUUUCUCUUGCAUUAACAAAUAUUUAUUUCUUAAAUUAAUUUGCUACUGCUUUAGUUAUAAACAUAUGGAAAUUAAUAAUGCUACUUGAUAUUAUA